AUGGGAUCUACACUGUUCAUCUUCUCCACCAGCAAGCCGCCGCCGCCGCACAGCACGCCACCUUCGCCAGAGGGCAGAUCGGGCAUCCCCCAACAACAACCAAAGAAACCCAAGACAACUCUCUACAACAUCCACGGCGACAGAUCACAUCACCCCUACAGCAGGCCGCUCUCCACGUCUGCCAUCCAGCCACCACCUCGCACCACCAGUAAGCCUCGCAGCGCCGCAGCCACAACAACUUUGUGUCUUAGGUUCCAAAUUAGUGUUACAACCCAUCCGCGCCAUCAGCCGCACCCCCAGCAACAGCACCAGCCGCAACGCCACCAUCCACAGUGCCCUCACCUUCAGCAGCUACACCGGAUCAACAGGCCCCGUCCAACAGCGACACCACAGACACUGCCGCCUCUUCCUUCGCACCGCCGGCUCCAAGCAGAAUCACGAAGCUCCGCUUCGUGCACCAUCGCCGACAGCAGCGGCAACAAACCACAGGAGGCAGGGCAGACAGAAACAGAGGCUCCCAAAAAAAUAAUUAACCCUACCACUGGUCGUCUAGUACACAAUCUAGAAGUCAUAGCUACCAUGGACCCGAACUCUAGUAAUGUUCUUAGAGAUAUUCAAGAACAAUUACAACUUAUACGAACAGAAAUGAGCAACAUAUCCAAUCAAAUGAACAACCGUUCUGGAAGGAUGGAGUCUAUAGAAACUCUGCAAAUAAGACAGUCUAGUGAGAGUGAGCAUUCUAGUGAUAACCAUAGGAAUCCUCAAAGACCAGUUCCUCGUAGAAACCGCCACCAUAACCAACACCAGGGUCACAAUGACUUUGAUGACCCUCAUGAUAGCAAGCGUUCCAAUGAUUACCGUCAAAGACCAGGCCAUCACGACUAUGAUGACCCUGACGAGCAAGUCAUGAGGCAUAUCAAGGUAGAAGCCCCAACUUUUGAGGGUCAACUUGACCCGUGGAUUUUUGAUAGAUGGAUCCGUGACAUGGAUCAAUUCUUUGGCUGGUAUAAUCUAUAUGAGAAUAGAAGGGUAAGAUUUGCAAAGAUGAAACUUAGUGGAACCGCUCAGCUCUAUUGGGAAAGUGUAGAAGAGUCUUUGAUUAGGAGAGGUCAACCCCCUAUUACUGACUGGGUUGAAAUGAAGACUAAGUUAGAAGAAAAGUACUUGCCUCGUUCUUAUAGAGGAAAUCUUUUGGACCAGUGGAAUAACUUGAGGCAAGGAGGCAAGUCUGCCAAUGAAUAUAUGACACAAUUUGAUGAGUAUAGGAUGAGGUGUGCAGUUAGGGAGGAUGAAGUGAUGACCCUAAGUAGAUUUCGAAAGGGCUUAAACGAUGACCUUAGAAGAGAGGUUGUGCUUAGGGGUGUUUCCACCCUUGAUGAAGCUUAUACCCUAGUACAAAAUUAUGACUUGGUCACAAAAAGCCAGUGGACAAGACGUCAGGACAUUCGUAAUACCCCUUCUAGAUCUCAACCUGGUAGUAAUAACUCCAUAUUAGGUGCCCCACCUCGUAAACCCAAUCCUUUGAUUUCCCAGAUACCUAGAGAAGACAAGGGUAAGGGUAUUUUUCAUGAAGCACCUAAAACUUCAAGAAUUCAGUGUUUUAAGUGUCAGGGUUUUGGUCAUAUUUCCUCUAGCUGCCCUAAUAAGGCUUUGUUCAUCAAGGGGCAAGAGGAUAUGGAUGAAGAAGAUACUUGUGAUGAUAAGGUAUAUGAACCCAAUCCCGAUGAUUUUCAAGAUCUAAAUGAUGAGGAUGAUGAGUCUAACUUGCUAGGAUGUGUUAGGUCUAUAUCCACUCAAAUCAAGACAACCAGGUUAGGCGUGGUUAGAUGUGCUUUAACACAACCUAAAGGAACUGAGGAUUGGAGAAGAACUGCUAUUUUUUACACUUACAUUAAAUAUGGAGAUAAAAGGUGUAAGAUCAUCAUAGACAGUGGUAGUUGUAUCAAUACAGUUUCCUCGGGUAAAAAAAUCCAACUUAUUGGAUUACCCUCAAGGUCUAAUGAUAAUAGUCAAAAGAAGAAUAAAGUGAAAGAUGGAGGGCUUAACAUAAUAAGUCCUAGGGAGUUUGAUAAGGAGAUUUGUGAGGAGUCUGUUGUGUUUGCUGUAGUGGCUAAGAAGAUUGUAGAAGACUUUUUAGAGGAGCCACCUGAAGAGGUAAGAGAAGUGUUGAGAGAAUUUCUAGAUGUUUUUCCUUCUGAACUACCUGAUGCUUUACCCCCUAUGCGUGAUGUUCAACACGCCAUAGAUUUUGUCCCUGGGGCUACAUUACCAAACUUGCCUCACUAUAGGAUGAACCCGAGUGAGCAUGCUGAAUUGCAAAGGCAAGUAUGUGAGUUGUUACAAAAGGGAUUUAUACGAGAGAGUUUGAGCCCUUGUGCAGUACCUGCACUGUUAACACCCAAGAAAGAUGGAUCAUGGAGAAUGUGUGUCGACAGUCGAGCCAUCAAUAGAAUUACAAUCAAGUAUCGUUUUCCAAUUCCUCGAUUGGAUGACAUGCUAGAUAUGAUGGCAGGAGCCCAGAUCUUCUCUAAGAUUGACUUGAAGAGUGGAUAUCAUCAGAUUAGGAUCUGUCCGGGAGAUAAGUGGAAAACAACAUUUAAGACUGAGGAUGGUUUAUAUGAAUGGCUAGUCAUGCCUUUUGGCCUUUCCAAUGCACCAAGCACUUUUACGAGAGUAAUGACACAAGUGCUUCGACCAUUUAUGGGAAAGUUCUUGGUGGUAUACUUUGAUGAUAUUCUUAUUUAUAGCAAAACCAAGGAAGAGCAUUUCGAUCAUCUUAUUCAAGUUUGUACCACCCUAAGAAAGGCAAGUUUGUUUGCAAAUGUCAAAAAUUGUUCAUUAUUUACAGAUCAAGUGGUCUUUUUAGGGUUUAUAGUGUCAUGGAAAGGAGUCUCUGCUGACCCCCAGAAAGUCCAAGCGAUAGUAGAUUGGCCUGAACCUAAGACUAUUCAUGAGGUUCGUAGUUUUCAUGGGCUUGCGACUUUCUAUCGUCGUUUUAUUAAGGGAUUUAGCACCAUCAUGUCGCCUAUUACAGAUUGUUUGAAACAAGGUGAGUUUAAGUGGAGUAAAGGAGCUAAUAGGGCAUUUGAGGAGGUUAAGAAGAAAAUGACGGAGGCCCAAGUAAUGCGGCUACCUGAUUUUACUAAAGUGUUUGAAGUAGAAUGUGAUGCUUCGGGAGUCGGUAUAGGUGGAGUACUUAGUCAGGAACGUCACCCUGUAGCCUACUUUAGUGAGAAACUUAAUGAGGCAAAACAAAAGUACUCAACUUAUGACAAGGAGUUUUAUACGGUGGUUCAGGCCUUGCGUUAUUGGCGCCAUUACUUGUUACCACAAGAGUUUGUUCUUUACUCCGACCAUGAGGCCCUCCGUUAUCUUAACUCCCAAAAGAAGCUUAAUCAUAGGCAUGGUCAUUGGGUUGAAUAUUUGCAAGCAUACUCAUUUGUUUUGAAACAUAAAUCUGGAAUAGAGAAUAAGGCUGCAGAUGCUUUGAGUCGUCGGGUAACCCUGUUAUCUGUAAUGAGUGUUGAAGUCACAGGAUUUGAGAGACUCAAAGAAGAGUAUGAAUCUUGCUCAGAAUUUGGAGAAAUAUACUUGACAUUGAAGGAUGAGAAUCACCGUGUUAUAAAUGGUUAUCAUCUCCAAGAUGGAUACUUAUUUCGGGAUAAUAAGUUUUGUAUCCCGAAAACAUCCGUGCGUGAUUUUUUGAUAUGGGAGAUUCAUGCUGGAGGUCUCUCAGGACAUUUUGGAAGGAAUAAAACCAUCGAAGAAGUGGAACGCCAGUUUUUUUGGUCUAGUUUGAAAAGAGAUGUCGCUAAAUUGGUAGGUCAAUGUCGAACUUGCCAACUAGCUAAGCAUAGAAAACUAAAUACUGGUCUUUACAACCCAUUGCCCGUUCCUACUUGCCCUUGGCAAGAUGUGAGCAUGGAUUUUAUGCUUGGGCUUCCACGUACUGCAAAGAAACAUGAUUCUAUUUUUGUGGUUGUCGAUCGCUUCUCUAAGAUGACCCAUUUUAUUCCUUGUACUAAGACUAUAGAUGUUUCCAAAGUUGCAAAACUCUAUUUUGAUGAGAUUGUCAAGUUGUAUGGUCUUCCCCAAACCAUAGUUUCGGAUAGGGAUGUUAGAUUCACAAGUUAUUUCUGGAAAACCCUUUGGCAUAUGGUGGGAACCAAAUUGAAGUUUUCUACUGCUUACCACCCCCAAACUGAUGGUCAAACUGAGUUUGCCUAUAAUAGCUCUAUCAAUAGGUCAAUAGGCAUAAGUCCCUUUGAAGUUGUACAUGGUUACAAGCCUAGGAAACCUUUAGACCUUCUUCCCAUGUCCCUUCAUGCUAGAGUGUCUGAGUCAGCCGAGUCUUUUGCACGUAGAAUUCAGGAUUUGCAUAUUGAGAUCACUAAACAGAUUCAAGCAAGUAAUGCGCAAUAUAAACUUCAAGCUGAUUUACAUAGACGACAUAAUGAGUUUAAUGUGGGAGACUAUGUUAUGAUACGGAUUAGACCCGAGCGGUUUCCUUCGGGAGCUAAUCGAAAAUUACAUGCACGUAGUGCCGGACCUUUCAAAGUGCUACAACGGGUUGGUCCAAAUGCUUAUGUUCUUGAUUUACCACAUGAUUUUGGCAUUAGCUCUACAUUUAAUAUUGAGGAUCUAGUUGCAUACCACAAACCACUUCUUAUUCCAGAUGAUCCAUUUGAGAUACCACUUAACUCUCCUUCUGAUGAUCCUAUUGAAACCUCUAUCCCUUUCACCUUGACAUCAGCACAAAAGGAUAAUAUUGAUGCUAUUCUGGAUGAACAAGUUGUUUUUAACAGGAAUGGUGGGGUUCAACGGUUUCUAGUUCGUUGGGUGGGUCGACCUGACUCAGAUUGCACUUGGAUUACUAUAAAUACUUUGCAGCAGCUUGACCCAGAUCUUUGGGAGUACUAUCAGAGUCGGCCAGUACUACACUCGACGGGGUUGAGUUUCUCUAACCCCGGGAGAGUUGGUGGGGACACCAGACCCACACCACAAACUACACGAGUAUAUGGACGAAGACGACGUAGGAUGGCCCAGCCUAUCACGCUUUGGUUGGGAGACUAA